UCUUACUGAACGGACACGGCCGAAAAACAGCUGAUCGGUGUCUGUUUUUUAUUGUGCAAAGGGAGCAAUAAUCGUUGUGAAAUAAAUAAUGAUUGCCAUUCUGGACACAGCCAACCAGUGAGACGACACCCGCAUAUCGCAGCACGAUGCGUGAGCCCAAUCUGUACGUGAUCCUUUCACAUGCGCUAAUCGGCUCUGGCUUCUUCUUCCUGUACGUGCAGCAUGUGCGCGUGAUCUUUGAGACUCGCACCAAUAUCCAGCAACUCAAUCAGCUGGAACGGGAGGCACUUCUUCGGCGCGAGGAUGCCCUUUACUAUGCCUUCUACAAGCGGCUGGCCGACGGUCCUGACUUUUGGCACGGCUAUGAGCAGCUGAAAAAUGUCACGGACAUCGAGUAUCCGCAUAGUGUCAAUGUUCUGCAACGCUUCUAUGUGCUGCCGGAGUUGGUCACGGCGUACUUCUAUCACAUAGUGCGUUCCGGCUUUAAUCCCAUGGUACAGCCCAUGCAGUUCUAUCUGGAAUUUGUGUGGCUGAUGGGCGGGGUGACACUGCUGGUCCUCUAUCUCUAUGGGACGCUGCUCAGCGAGAACGUUUUCGGAGGCAUAUAUGGGGUUCUGUCGUACCUAAUGUUCCAUAGCUUCGUGGCCAAAAUCUAUGAGCGACCAUUGGCGAGGGAGAACUUUGCCUUUCCGUUCAUCUUCCUGCAGAUGUUUUACCUGUGCAUUUGCAUCGGCAGGAUCAUACAUCGACAGCGGCACACCUCUCGCUUGUUUAUGAUCUUCGCUAUGUCGCUGUUCACCGCCUGCGCUCUGCUUUCCUGGCAGUUCUCCACCUUUAUCUUCACCACUCAGAUUCUGAUCGUGAUGACUUCCUGGAACAUGAGCACUCUGCCCCAAGGGCUGGCCAACGCCUUUGCGCUAGACUACUCACUGUCGCACCUGCUGGGUCAUGCUCUGGCGUUUGUGAUGUCACACGGCAACAGUCAGCUGCUCCUCACUUGGCAGUUGAGCGUUUCGCUGUCACUAUUUUUGAUUACAUUGGUGCGACAGCUGCGUCAGGUGCGCAGCCGGCGUCUGGGACACGCUCACGAUCCGUUGCAGGGCGACUACUUCUCGCUGAAGUUUAUUCUGCUGGCCCAGCUUUUCGCUAGCAGCAUGCAAACCAAGUUAUUUGAGCUGCUCAAUCGGGCAGGAGUGGUCAGUGUGCCGGAGGGAGCUCAAACGCACUACUGCGAACUGUGGGCUCAUUGGGCUCUGCAGGUCAAUGUGGGUUUUGUGUCUCAUCUCUCUGCCUGCAAUCCGCUGUAUGCGCGCAUCGCCUGGUCGGAACUCUGGCAGCUGGUCAAGACGAUGAUCGUGAAACCGUACUGCAUGUACGGCGUGGUCAUGUUGGCCAUGUUUUUCCGUCGCUGGCGCAAGAGCGGCGCCCCAGCCGCCGCUGUCAGCGAGGAGCAGCGUGAGCGAGCACGGAACUAUGUGCUGGAGGACUUCCUCGAAGAGCAUCGCGUUUCCAUGGGCGACAUGUCCAACAAGCAAACUGAGCAGCAAUUGCAGAAGUGCUUCCGGCUGCUCGAAAGCUGCGAUCACGACUACGAGCGCUACAAACGCGCCCAGGCCCGUCUGCGUAAGGAGCAGCCGCCUACCCGCGAUGACUUUAUGCAAGACAUCCAGCGUUUGCGAGCGCAGAUCCAUCGCAACAUUGACAAGCAGCGAAAGGAGAGGUCGCAGGGAACCAAAGAACCGGCCGGUGACGGGGCUAGCCCACUGACAGAGGAGGAAGAUAAGCAAGCAGAAUCGAAGGAGGAGGAACAGGAGCCUGUCAGCACCGAAGCCGAAGCCGAACCUGAGUCCACAGCAGAUCCCACUGAAACUCUGCCGUCCAAGUCUCCCGACCAGGAGGCAGAAGAGGAGGAGCCUUCGGUCGCUUCCACCGGCUCCAGCUCUACUGGCCAAAAACGCAGGAAGCGAAGCUCCUCCAGACGCAGCUCUGUGGUGCCCACGGCCAACGCACAGAUCCUCGACCUGCACUACGUCUACAGCUUUAUGCAAAUGCUAGUCUUCACCAUCAUCGGGCUCGCCGUUCGCAAACUCUUCUUCCUCAGCUUUACGCAGGGCUGCGUCAUUGCGCCAACUAUCUGCUCUAAAGUGUGGUAUCAUCGCCAGCGCAAUAUCUUCUGGUCGGUCUCGCUGGCCGUCUUCCUGCUCAGCAUGUUCGAUCCGGGCAUGGUGAACAUUCGCGAGGAGUACUUCCCCACGCGCUACAGCCAAAGCGGCGAUGACCUGGACAGCAUGCUUGAGUGGAUCAAGCUGAAUACGGAACGGGAUGCAGUGUUUGCCGGUCCCGUAGAGAUCAUUGGCACAGUGCAUCUAACCACCAAACGACCCAUUGUCAAUCAUGCGCACUUGGAGAUGCGUCAAAUGGCGGAUCGUACUGAGCACGUGUACUCGGUGUAUAGUCGCCAACAGUCGUCGGACAUCUAUAAUCAGUGCGCCCAGCUAAAGAUCCAGUACUUGAUCAUAUCGCUCGAUGAGUGCACCAACGAAGUGCGAGACGAUUGUGAUCUGCUGGCGAUUUGGGAUGACAAGCAGCCGGCGUACCAGAAAUAUCCACAAUUCUGUCACGAGUUGCUACACAAGAACGUGCCGAGCUUCCUAAAAGUAUACACGAACGAUCAUUACGGCAUCAUUAAGAUGUUCUCGCAGAGCGUUCAGAUCAACCUCAAGCACAACAAGAUGCCCGAGAUGUCCAUAUAGGAGUAGAUGACAUCGGAGGCGGAAUAUGGGGAUGGGAUGAUAUGGGGAAACGACUGUGUUGUGUUGUGUACGUAGCUAUGUGAGCUGUGUGACUAGGGAUUAGCGUUUUACGAUGUCUUUGUAUUAUGAUUACGUUUAGUAUUGCCCACUCCUCGUUCCUCCUAUCGCUCCCAUUGUUCCCCUCGUUCCACCUGUAGAAGAUAUACAUAGUAGAGAUUGCAGAUAGAAGGAGGCCUCUUCCGCUAGAUAGUAAACUGGAUGCAUUUAGCAGCUUGACUUGUUUCUGUUCCGCUCCGCGCCGUUGCGUUCAGACCUCGUUUGGAUCAUUCCCCGCGCCCCUCGCAUUCGAAUAAGUUAAUCUAGCUGUACGGACCGACUCUAAACUCUAAAAUACUUUCGUUAAGUUUAAGCUAAGCUUUUUACAUUUAUGUAGUAUAUGACGUGUGGUUAGAGAAGUGGCUGGAUGUGGAUGAUAUGUUGAUAUGUACCCGGAAUCCACGUUCCCAGACCCAAAAAAAAAGAAAGAAUAUACAGGCAAAGCGCAUUUGCCAGGCAAUAAGUGAAAUAAAACUAUGAAAUUUAAA